AUUAAAUUAAAUUUCCUAAUAAUUUAAUAUUAAUUUAAUCUUUUUCUUUUCAUUAUUUCUUGGCACAUUAUUCUUUAUCUUCUUCAACCCAAAUUAGAUCUAGUAACUAGUAAUAAUAAUAUAAAUAAAUAAAUAAAUAAAUUUCCUCCAGAAAACCUCCAUGAUCAUCAUCUUUUUCAAAUCAAUGUGCUAUAGCUGAAAAAUCUCCAUUUUUUGACCUCCGAUUGAUCUUAUUCUCUCUCAUCAGCUCCUCAGAUCGAUCGAGAGGGAACAAAAUUUAUACAUAAUGAACGAUUUUCAAGGUUUAUUAUCCAGCGAUUAUGGCUUCAAACCUCAAGGUAAAGCUGCUCCAAUGGCACCUCCUAAAUCAUCUUCUUUGAAUUCAAAUUCCGCUUUCAAUUUCGAGAUCGGAGGCUCUAAAUCGUCGUCGUCUCCUUUUGAUGAUCAUGAAACCCUUUUUCGACCUAGUCGCAAAGCGAACUCUGAUGAUUUCGCUGAUUUAGGCGAUGUUUUUCCUAACAGUAAGUUUAAUAAAAGUAAUUCUUCAAAGGUUAAUAGUUCGGUGAAUUUGGACUCAAUUUUUGGUGGUGGUGGUGGAGGCGGCGGAGGAGAUUCCGGGUCGAGGUUUUCGUCCUUGCCUGUUUUUGACAAGCCAGUUUAUGACGAUGACGUUUCGAGCUCAACGAAGUAUGAUGAUAUUUUUUCUUCAUCUUCUGCAAAGAAGAGGGAUGCAUUUGAUGAUUUGUUGGGAGGUUUGGGGAAGAAAGAACAACAAACUUCAAGUUCCGUGGGAUUAGGUUCUGUUUCGAAGGGAAAUGAUAAGGGUACUAUUCCUAGCUUUGAUGAUUUGUUGCCCGGCUUUGGUAGUGGGAGCACCACUUCUUCUAAUAGGACUUCGUCAGAUGCUAAUAGAAAGGCUUCAAGUGUAAUAGAUGAUCCUUUUGUUGUCCUAGAAUCCACCACGCCUCCUGUGUCUUCAACCAUUGGGACUACUACUGAUCCUUUGGAAAAUAUUGGUAAUCUUAACAAGUCUGGUAGAAAAAAAGCGGACAACUCACAUAGGGAAGUCUUUGAUGAUUUAGAUCCCCUUGGCAGCUUUUCCAACUCCGUGCCUGCAUUUUCAGCUGAGAUCGAUGGUAAAGAAAAGGAUACAAAUCCUUUUGGGACAGAAUUCAGAGUUUCUGGAAGACGAACCUCAGUCAGUGAAGAUGCAAGCCAGAAGUCUUCUUUUCAAAUCCCCGAGAGAGGUUUUGAGAAAAAGAUAUCGCCUGAGGACCAUCCAGAACCAAGUAUCUUUGAGAUGCCUUCAGUGCCGGUAGAAACUAGUCGGUCUGUACCAAACGUUUCUUCUCCUGUUCAUGGUAACACUAGCUUUAGGGAGCCAAACUCUCAUGGACAUGCAUCUCCUAGUUCUGAGGAGAAUAUGGGGUCAUCUGAGGAUGUAUGGCUCUCUGUAUCAGAGGUGCCUCUCUUUACACAACCCACCGCUGCUCCACCGCCUUCAAGACCGCCACCUCCAAGACCGACACAUAUUUCCAGAGAGGGAUCUGGUUACUUUCCUGCUUCAAACGUACACAAGAAGGUUAAUGACUAUUCAUACCCUAUUUCUGUGCCAAAUUUCCAGAGUCCAAAAUCAGCACCUUCUGGGGCAAAGGGCUCUUUUGCAUCUCCCAUAGACGAGCUGGAGGAAUUCGCUAUGGGAACGAAACGAAGUGAGGACGCAAGCUCUGAUGACUCCAAUUCUGUUGCUGCUGCAUCUGCUGCGGCCAUGAAGGAGGCGAUGGAAAGGGCUGAAGCCAAAUUUAGGCAUGCAAGGGGAGUAAGAGAGAGAGAAAAUGCAAAGGCCUCUAAAAAUAGAGAAUCCGUGCAAGUGGAGAAAGAGGAGACACCUGCUUAUGAUCCUUCUGAGAGAGAAUUCAGGGAAAAUCAAGAACGCUUGGAACGUGAAUUACAACAAAAGGAAAGAGAAGAUGAAGAAAGAAGGCGAAGGGAGGAAGAGGAGAGAAGGCGUAUUGAGAAAGAAUGGGAGGAGAAAGAGAGAGAGAAGAGGAGAAUUGAGAGAGAAAGGGAACUUGCCAGGCAAGCUGUUGAAAGGGCUGCCAAGGAAGCACGAGAAAGAGCAGCUAUUGAAGCUCGUACCAGGGCCGAAAGGGUUGCUGUUCAACGAGCACAAGCUGAAGCUCGAGAACGCGCUGAAAGAGCUGCAGUUCAGAGGGUGCAGGCUGAGGCACGGGAGAGAGCGGCUGCUGGAGCCAAGGAAAGAGCUGAAAAGGCUGCUGCUGAGGCAAGGGAAAAGGCCAAAGCUGAAGCAAGGGAGAAAGAAGCACGUGAGAAAGAAGCCCGGGAGAAAGAAGCACGUGAGAGAACUGCCUCUAACGCUAGAUCAAACCAACAGAAGAAUGAUGACGAUCUUGAAUCUUUCUUCAGCAUGGGCCGAGCAAGCAGUGCGCCAAGGCCUAGGGCUACUUCAUCUGAUCCAUUUGAAACUCAGUUCCAGAGUAAACCAGCUCCUCAGGCUACUAGAACCUCUGUUAAUUCCUCUAGCAUGAGAAAAGCAUCUUCAUCAACAAAUAUUGUAGAUGAUCUAAGUUCAAUUUUUGGAGGUCCCCCGUCAUCUGGCGAUUUUCAAGAAGUUGAAGGGGAAACUGAAGAUAGACGGCGUGCUCGAAUGGAACGCCAUCAAAGGACACAAGAACGUGCUCAAAAGGCGCUGGCUGAGAAGAAUGCCCGAGAUCUUGAGGCUCAAAGGGAACAAGCUGAGAGACAUAGAAUUGGUGAAACACUUGAUGUUGAGAUUAGACGUUGGGCGGCAGGGAAAGAGGGGAACUUGCGUGCUCUCCUGUCAACACUGCAAUAUGUUUUGUGGCCUGAGUGUGGCUGGCAGCCUGUUUCCUUGACCGACUUGAUUACGGGUGCUGCAGUCAAAAAAGUUUACCGAAAGGCAACUCUGUGCAUUCAUCCAGACAAAGUGCAACAGAAGGGUGCCAAUUUACAGCAAAAAUAUGUCGCAGAGAAGGUGUUUGAUCUGUUGAAGGAAGCCUGGAACAAGUUUAAUUCAGAAGAGCUAUUUUAAGUAGAUGUUAUCGUUCUGAUAUGCUUACAUGUGUCUAGUUUGGCAUAUUUUUCACUCCUUUUUGCAAGUGUGAUCUAUUCGGGAAAUGAUUUUCCUGUUUCAAUCUCCAUGGAGUUGCUGCUCGGCUGGCUUGGGUUUUUCGGUCCAUGGUCGGUGAGAUGUUUUGAAAUUUGGGUGAACGCCCAUAAUGCUCGUGAUUAUUCAGAUGGAACAGGUUCUGAAGUUUGUCUUAGAAUGUGUAGUAGAAUAGCCUAUGUUUGGGUGAACAACCCCAUGUGAUCCUUGUCAAUUGUCAUAUUCAUUGCCAAAUGCCAUCCCUUUUGCGAUGCAGCGUUUGCAUGUAUCCAUUCUUUUUGCACUUUUUGAAAAUGUAUAAGCUAAUCUGUUUCAAGUAUUCAAUGUAUAAUGAGAAAUAACUACUCAAACCAUGAUUGUGAAUUUUGAUAGUAUGAUGACUUUUUGUGAAGCACUGUGGAUAAGAUUCAUUGUAUUUGAUAUUUAAGGGAAGUUGUUUGGAGCACUA